AUGAGUGAAAAGUUCGCAGGUGAUGCAGUGCGGAUUGUGGCAAUGGCAAUCUUCUUUUCUGUCAUAUUGUUAUUUGUGGGAAUUGGGUUCUUGAUCUUAGUUCAUGUUUGGAUUGUUGGGAGGGCUUUCAGAAGAGGAGGGUUUGGUAAUGGCUCUAUGGUUGCCAUGGCCAGCAGUACAGGUGGCACAGCAAGCAUGUCCAAAGAUGACCUAGAGAAGCUUCCUAGCUUUGAUUAUGUAGCCAAUUGGGACAAGCCAAGUAGUCCUUUGGAUUGUGCAGUGUGCUUGGACAGCUUCAAGAUGGGCGAGAAGUGCAGGCUGUUGCCUCUGUGCAAGCACAGUUUUCAUGCUCAGUGCGUGGAUGCAUGGCUUUUGCAGACACCCAUUUGUCCCAUUUGCAGAAGCAGGACUGCUGAGCCCGGGAAAGAAGGGCCUGUUACAGAUGCUAGCGUUGACCUGAGGGAAAGUCAAACAACUGGAAGCAGGCAUUUGAGUGAUAUUAGAAUUGAACUGGGGGAGAACCAGACAACAGAAAGUGGGCACCUGUCUGUCACCUAA